AUGUCCGUGAGCAUUGGGAUAAGACAAUUCUUAUUGUGCUUUAUAUUGUUUAUCUGGAUUUCUCUUUCGAUGUCUUGGAAUUCUGAUGAUGUUCAGACAAUAAGGAAGAAUGGUGUUCUUAGCAGUGGCUAUGACAGGUUGGUUCGCCCGUCUCAGAUUACAAAUGUCAGCGUAGCUCUCAACCUUAUCACCAUCAACUUUAUGGAUAUAAAGAACCAGGUCUUAUCAACGACGGGCUGGAUAGAAGCGAGUUGGGAAGAUCACAGGUUAGUCUGGGAUGUAUCUAAAUACCCAAACAUAACAGACAUCUUCGCUGAUGAGAGCGAGGUGUGGCGGCCAGUUUUCUUCGUAGAUAAUUCCGUUUCUGAUCUGAGCAUUAUCUCGGACUCUAACCUUCUGUACCGAGUCACCCAUACUGGAGAAGUAGAAUGGGAACAGCCCCGGAUGUUCACCACUCACUGCAAUGUCGAUAUCACAUUCUAUCCGUUUGAUACUCAAUUAUGCGAAAUCGAGCUAACAAGUUGGGGUUACACGACCGACGAAAUUGAACUUCUUCCAGCAAAUUCAGAGAUUCUUACGGAGAGUUUAGAACCUAACGGUGAGUGGAAUUUGCUGCACACAAACGUCAAGAAAACCCAAUUGACGGAAUUGCGAGUAGACGGCGUGAUGACAAAACACUGGGAAAUUGUGUUCACAUUAGUUUUGCAGAGAAGGACGGCAUAUUACGUCACAGGCAUUUUGUUACCGGUGUUCCUAUUGUCCUAUCUCAAUACAAUUGUGUUUCUUCUGCCAGUGGAAUCUGGAGAAAAGAUUGGAUUUAUUCUCACGGUACUGUUAUCUCUAGCCGUGUUACUUACAAUCAUAACGGAUAAAAUUCCUUCUACUUCUAUCCAUGUUUCAAUUAUUUCUGUGUACCUGGCCAUCACCUUAUGCUUCAGUGUUGUGUCCUGCAUCCUGUCUGUCUUAGUCAUGUCUGUCAAUUUCCAGGAUGAUUCAAAGCCUCUACCAAAAUGGAUCGAAAAACUUAUAAGGAACGAUCUGUUUCCGUUUGACUGUUUGAAAAAAUGUAGCAACUGCUUAAAAACAAGCAGGAACAAGACUUGUAAUAGAGAUGCUGGCAUUCCAGAGGUUAAUACAACUGUUGAAGAUGUUGACGUAACAGGGAAAGGAGAUUCGAACUCCAUCAAAAAACCUGAAAGAUUUUCAUGGAAUGAUGCAGCUAGAAAACUGGAUGUUCUCUUUUUCUAUGUGACCUUAGUUUUAAUUACACUGGAAACCAUAGUUUUCAUUGUUGUUUUAAUGAUAGGUGGAACAGCAAGUGCACAGAGACUUGUCAGCAUUAAGUGAUAUCUAUUUAACACAAUCUAAAUUUUAUCCAUCUAUUAGUGUGUCUAUUCGUCUAA